AUGACAGUCUAUCACAUUGGUAAAGCCAGCCGAUGUCCCAGACUUUGCAUGCAAGACCUCUGAUGAUACAAUGCAGUCCUGUUCAAACUCAAGCCGAACACUCCAGCCGAGAAGAUAUCCGAGAUGAAAGCUGCUGGAUCCGCCAUGGUUGGACAAGUUCCCGGUACUACCCACACGCCCAGUUGCUUCCGCGCUCGAUUAACCCGUCAUGGACCAGGUCUGCAGCGAAUUGAUUUCGGGUCUCCAGUAUUGCCAGCAAGAGCGCAGGGCUUUGAUCUCGGCCUGGUGGCAAUAUUGGAGAAGGCCGAGGACAUCAAAGUCUAUGCCGAGCAUCCAGCUCACUUGAAGUGAGUGUCGGACUCCUGUGGAAGGUUCGAUGCAAUGCUGAUGCUCAUGCAGAGUGCAUGCUCUGCGCGAGGCCAUCUGUGAGGACACGCUGGCGUACGAUCUGGAGUUCUGA